CAUCACCUGUGGUGCGGUCAGAAGGCUGGCCACAACACCAGAGAAAAAGUUGUACUUACCGAUGGCUGUCAUCGCUUUUUCUGACAGAUGUUUUUACGUGAUCUAUUACGUGAGUUUUGUCCUAUCCGAACAGAUUUCAGCAAUUAAGCCUUUCCUCGAGCUUUCUGCGAAUUCAAUCUCGUUUCGAUAAUUGAAAAGCGUAGAACGAAGCGUGCUUGUUUAAGUUCAAAGGGUGCGUCAUCGGAAUUCCAAGGAUCACGAUCACUUGAAAAAGAUCGUGGAAGAGAGCUAGAAGGAUAAAGAAAUAUAAAAAAUAGAAGUGCAAAGGGAAUCACGUGAAAUAGAGAGAGAGACUGAAAACAAAGGGCAUGGCGAAGACAUAUGAUUAUUUGUUCAAGUUGUUGCUGAUUGGUGACUCAGGGGUCGGCAAGACGUGCGUCCUCUUCAGGUUCUCUGAGGAUGCUUUCAAUACGACCUUCAUCUCGACCAUUGGAAUUGAUUUUAAGAUAAGAACAAUAGAAUUAGAUGGCAAGAAAAUAAAACUACAAAUAUGGGAUACGGCAGGACAAGAAAGGUUUCGUACAAUAACUACAGCAUAUUAUCGUGGUGCAAUGGGUAUAAUGUUAGUUUAUGAUGUAACCAACGAAAAGAGUUUCGAGAAUAUAAAAAAUUGGAUUAGAAACAUUGAAGAAAAUGCUUCGGCGGAUGUUGAGAAAAUGCUAUUGGGCAAUAAGUGUGAGCUCACAGAAAAGCGGCAAGUUUCAAAAGAACGGGGAGAGCAACUUGCUGUUGAAUAUGGAAUCAAAUUCAUGGAAACUUCAGCUAAGUCUAGCAUCAAUGUUGAGGAGGCAUUUUAUACUCUUGCAAGAGACAUUAAGGCCAAAAUGGAAAAGAAACUGAAGGAGGCGUCGAAUCCACCGAAGGGAGGAGGACAUCAGUUGAAAGCAUCCGAACCACAGAGGAAGCCACCAAGUUGGCUCGCACGAUGCUCUAUACUCUGACCCCUCAGUCAGCAUAUCCUCGACCGUCACCCUCUACUCUACUUUACCUUCGGUCUCCUUGGCUCGCUUCAUGAUGCGAGUACUUCUGUGAUUUUACUCCUUGACGGCCACCUUCGUUUCCCUUCAUCGCUGCCGGUCUCUCUUUUUUACUGAUCAUUCAUAGGAACUCUUUUUAUCUUGGAGGAGAAACUCUCUUUCCUCUCUUAAAAAGACAUUUAAGAGUUCUUGAAGGAAACGAUUACGAAUUGUGAUAAUUUUUGAUAAUUUUUUAACAAUUUUCGAGCAAUUUCAACACGCUGCCUCGAAGAUAUCAUCGUAAUGUCGUUUCCUUACAAGUUUCACUUGUUAAAGUACCGGAGUGCAAUGUACUGAGCUGUUUUUAGAACGCUUAUCUUAUAUGAGUUGAAGGUGAUUUUAAUUCUUUUGUUUUUCUCUUCAAUAAUUGACAAGCAAUAUAGAAUUUAAAUCACUGACUUUGAACGAUUUCUUCGUAAAAUCAAUUGGGAAUUGUACAUCCAAUAAAUGUGCGAUUCUUAGCGAAACAUUAUUGUAGUCUUUGCUGUAUUAUUAUUUCGUUCGUAAAAUAAACAAGACAAGAAUAAAGCAAUAAUUGACUUAAAGUUGAAUACUUAUAAAAGCAAUAACUAAAUUGUUCUAUGCAUGAGUUAUAUAUAAAAUUUGGUUCCAUUUGUUUAACGUAUUCAGAAAACCAUCCCGGAUUUCAUAUAUAUUUUAGAAAUUCGUAUGUUAAGUAUUUUAAUUAAGCAUUGUAGUGCAGCAAAUUAAGAAACGCAGAAUUUAUUUAUUUCGUAUAUCACGCAUGAAGUUUCUCCUCCAUGUUUCAGUUAAUCAAGGGGUACGAUCGAUUUUUAACACGAGUUUACAUCCACUUUAUUUAAACACACGAAUGAAACGAAAAGAAAGAAAAAAUUUCUCCGAUCGUCAAACGAGAAGUUUCUCCUUUCUUCGAGCAUUUCAGAGGUAUUUGUUUAUAAGAAAAAAAAGAAGGGGGGGUGCGGAUAGGUAAACAAUGGGCGGUCAUUUUUUAUAUAUAAAUAUAUAAAUAAAUAUAUAAAUAUAUAUAUACACAUCGUCAAGUUAGCUUUUUCACCGGAUCGAAGAGGAAUUCUUCAUUAAUUAAUUCAUCGAUUAAUUAGCGCAAAUUCAGGACUUGAAGAAAAGACUCUUUCGAAUUUUCUCUAACUUCUUUUUCUUUUUAUGAAGUUGAAGUAAUUCAAGUAAAGAGAUGGAAAGCGGACUUCGUCUUCGUUUGAAACGCUUGUUGUAAUAGUUCAUUUUUUUUUUUUUUUUUUUAAGAAACGGAGGGUUCUCUUUUUUUGUGAACGAGGAAAAGGGAUUCCGAUCCGUUUCCACUUACACUUAAUUAUAUGAUUAUUAUAAUACAUUUUAUAUUAAUCCUA